AUGGCACCACGCGGACCCAGAGCCUCCAGGCCCGGUCGUGAUGCCAGAGGUGGCUCCGCAAAGCCUAGCUCGAGGGGCGGCAUUCAGAAGCGCAAGGGUGCAACCAAAAUCGACGGCGACGGAGAUCUGGACAUGGACACGGCGGCCAAGCGGGCCAGAACAAAUGCUGAGUCGAGCGCGCCGAGAGCCAGGCAGUCUGCACGUCCCGCAACGAGCCGAAACCCGCGAGGCGCCUCUAGGGUGUCCCAAAACAUCGUCAGGCACCUGAAGGACGUCGACUCUUCCACUCUCUCCUCCCGAAUUUCGGAUCCGGCGACGACGAGGUCAGCCAGAGGCAGAGGAAGGGCCACCGACCUGACCUACCUACGUGUCCGCGGCCUGAAGCAGAGCAAAGCGGCAAGAAAUCAAGACGGGGGGCUAAGCGAUCUGCUCAGUUUCCUGGAGAGAAAGGCGUCCUCAUUCGCUGGCGGACAACAUUCUCGAUCUGUCAUGAUUCGAAGGUCACACGCUGCUGGCGAUUACGUCUUCAUCGGAGCUAGCAAAGACGAUGCGGAUGAGCUUAUCAAGCUUAACUCGUUUACUUUUGCCGGAACGCAGCUUGAGAUUGUCGAAUCCAACGACAGCGUUCCGCAUGCCAACAAGGCUACCGAAUCCAAGGAAACACAGGAGCUGAGGGCGAAGCUGCAGUCAAUCCUCAGCCAACGAUACAUUGGCGCAAGCAAGCUGCUCAAGCUCGACGCGCUAUCCACGGACGCGGAGCUGGUGACGCUUGGCAUGUUCCAGAGCCGUGACAGGGCGCUCAAGACCUUCAAGGGGCUCAUGGCCAUAUGCGAUAGUCUGUUCAAGACGCUUGCGGAGAAGAAGGAAGCCGUCGAAAGCAUCAGCCUUGCCAACAACAGCAUCGAUGACAUCUCGCAAGUCGAGACGGUGGCAACCACGUUUCCGCAGCUAAAGAAUCUCGACUUGAGCGGCAACCAGAUAGCCAGCAUGCAGGCCAUGGACUGCUGGAAGGGAAAAUUCAGAGAACUAGUCACCAUCUACAUGGCCGGCAACCCCAUCGAGACUGCCGACACCAACUGCCACGCCACCCUUCUGCAAUGGUUCCCGAAGCUGCAAAACAUUAACGGUACAGAAGUACGCACGGCGGAGCAGAUUGCCGAGCUCGAGGCCUCGUUGAAACCAAAGCCAAUCCCGCAGAGCGGACCGGACUUUCGCGACGUCAACGGCAUCGGGGAGAACUUUCUCUUGGAGUUCUUCACGUCGUACGACGGUGAUCGGCAAGCUUUGGCGUCCCGACUUUACGACGACGACAGCCAAUUCUCGGUCGCAAUCGAUACGCAAUCGGUUAGAGACUCGAAUGCGCCCGCACCGCUGCCGUGGGCUUCCUACAUCAAAGUCUCGAGGAACCUGAUCAAGAUCACUCAUCAGAACGCCCGCGUGCAGCGACUCUUCAAAGGCGCCAGUGUCAUCCACGAACUGUGGAAGAGUCUUCCGCUCACAAAGCACCCCAACAUCAAGGAGGACCUGAGCAAGUACAUAAUGGAUUGCCAUCCCCUUCCGGGCUUGGCCGAUCCCAACGGGCAAGCACGGGUGGGGGUUGAUGGCUUGAUCAUUGCCGUCCACGGAGAGUUUGACGAAUACGAUCAGAGAUCCGGAACGACGGGCAAGAGAAGCUUCUCACGCACAUUCGUCCUCGGCCCUGGGCACGCCAGCAGAGGGCCGAUCCGCGUGGUGAGCGACAUGCUCUCCCUGAGAGCGUACAGUGCCCUCCCGAACGUCUUUGCCGCGCCGGCCGCCGCGCCGGUGCCGGCGGUGAACGACCAACACCAGACCUUGAUCGCCGAGCUUUCAAGGCAAACGGGCAUGGUGCCGGAGUACUCGGAGAUGUGCUUGUCGCAGGUCGAAUGGCAGUUUGACAAGGCACUGGUCAUCUUCAACGAGAAAAAGGCGUCGCUGCCGGCCGAGGCUUUUGCUCCUUGA